AUGCUGAGCUUGGAAACAAGGAUCCUGGACUGGCUCGACACCGUCCACAUACCCACCUCCCACGAUCGCACGAAUUCGGCAAGCGGCAGCCCCUUCAAUCUGUCGAAGAAGCGCAAGCUUGAGAUCUCGGUCAUGGAGGCGGACAACAACUUCGACGCUAGUGCGAACUUCGACGCCAAUGCCACUCCUCGAGCACCACGACCGAAGAAAGCGCGCUCCCAAGGAAACACAGGCCCAACGCCCCCAACAAGCUUUCCACCUAGCGAUGGCGGUGACACAUACAGUACGACCUCGUCAGUUUCUUUACAUACCCGCAGCUCGAGUCCAACAAAGAGGAAGCGCACGCUGGCGACUUCAACACCACAAGUUGUAUUUGAGCAGCGAUCAGCGCUUCGCAGUCACAGAGCGCAGCUAGAGGCAGAACGACCAAUGCUUAAAGAGCUUGGGACGGCGAUACGCGCAGCUAAUUUGAACCUGCCGAACGGUCUGAAGAACUACUUUGACGAAACUUGGGUACCGGAGGAUGGCGCACGCCCCAAUUUUGCACACGCAGGCAACGAGUUCCUGGACAAGUUCUCGAACCUCGAAAAGUUCAUACGCAAAACAACACGACGCGUUGACUUCUGCAAAAACAAAGACGUCUCGGAGGAUGAGUGGUGUGACUUGGUCGUCUACCCUUGUCUCAAAACCGCAGCCAAAUCCAUUGGCAUCUGGACGCCUGAACGAGUCGUCAGAGUGACGAAUUAUUACAUUCUGCCACAAAGAUUGCUACCAAACGAUAGCUUCGGCAACUCAAUCACAUGCCGAACCGAUUUCGCCCUCGGACAAUCGCCCAGUCCCGUCCUGCAGUUGAGUCAGGUUCCAGACCAGUCGCUCUCGCAGUACACGCAUAAGAGACUGUCCAGCUUGGCUCUCUUCGCGACAGUCGAAGUCAAGCGGACCGUAAGCUCAGGAGAUGGGCUCGAUCAGUUGGCGGUGUGGUGUGCCGCGGGUUUCGCAAAAUUAGCAGAGCUUCGACAUGGUCAUCGUAUGGAAAGUCGCCUGGAUCAAACACGAGAACCGUCGAAAGCAAUACUCUGUUUGUGGGCCUGGAGGGGCCACAUGGUCUCUCUGCACAUUGCCGUCGAGGAGUCUGCUGAGAAGAUCGUCAUGUACGAGUGGAUGGAGUGGAAUGUUGGUGUGCCUGAUAAUCUCGUCCGACUCAUCACAACAUUCGCGGCGGUAAUGCAAUGGGGUUCUGCACACUUCGUUCCAGAUAUCGUUGACACAACCCCGGAACAUGUUUCAUGA